AUGUUUGCCAUCGCGGUCUACCGCCACACAUCCUGGAUGCUGGCGGUGGUGCUAUUAGUAUGCUUCUGGGCCGCUUACAUUGCACGCGGGGGCUUCGACCCACAAUGGAAACCUGUUGUGCUUGGCACUGAGAUCACAGCAUCGCAUCGGCUUGCGCUUUUGUACGCUGGCAUCUUGACAGUGAAUAGGCAGCAGUUCUUAACGAAGAAUUGCCUGCCCUCUUGGCAAGUUCUUCAGCAGCUGGUGACGUUUCAUCUGAAUGCGGCCUUGUAUCAUUUAAAUCUUGCAGUGCCUUUGCAUACGGUACCGCCGGUGACAAUUUGUCUGGCGGAGGUGGUUGCCCUUCCUGGUCUGGAAAUGUGUGCCGGAAACGUCAGCAUGAAGCCGGACGGGAUGAAGAAGGAUGUAAACACAGAUGAUCAGCCACUCGUCCAACAUGACGACAUGCCACCCCAGAACGAUAAACUAGCUUGGGCAAACGCUUUCUGUGAUCGGGCUGCACAGACGGAUAUUGCGGUCAUAUCGCGGCAAGACUGCGAAAGGAGUGCGGCGGAAGUCCUGCAGGCUGCGGCUUACAUGCUUGCUUGCUUUGAGUGCCUGGCUCAGGCGGAGGAUGCUGAGACUGUGCAAUCGGCUUUGGAGCGCAAGGCAGAUGCAGUCCUGGAGAAAGUGAACAUCAAGGUGCGCCCGGGGAGUGGCGAAGCCAAAGCCGAGCCCCUGCCCUGUGUCGCAGUUUGUGGCAUCGGCGAUGCGCCAAGCAAGGAGGGUACUGGAUCGGUUGGUGGCCACCUGUAUUUCGAUCUCGAAGAGCUGGCCGGGGGUACCCCUGCCGCUCCGCGAUGGUUUGACUUAGAGGCAGCUGUGGACACCCCCUUUGAGGAGCUCGACCAAGCCCUGGCCCUCUGUCGUACAGCAGUCAUCUGCCCCACACUGGAUCUCACAGAUCGGCGCAAGGUGCGGGCGCUGCGGGAUGGGCUGAAGAAGCUGCUGGACAGCAUGCCUUUGUCCCUCAGCCGCGUCCUCAUGCUGAGUGCAGUCGGUGCUCGAAGAAAAGAUGGUGGCUUCAACGUAGGCUCCUUCUUCGGCGUCGAUUUCAAGACGGGGACAUAUGCGAGCCUAGAGGAUGAGCUCACCUCGCUCGCCAGGCAGCGGCCAGUGAACAAACCUUUGAAGGUAGUCAUUGUUCGUGCGGGUCCCGCCCCUGGAGCUGCCACCCGAUCCGAAGUUUGCUGCAGUCUCGAAGAGAUCGCAGGCAGCACCUCUCUGCAGACGGCCUCGGCCGCCCUUCUUCAUGCCCUCGUCUUCGACGUAGAUGCAGGAUUCACCGUGGUCGACACGCCACUCACGGCCGCCGCGACGUCUUUCCGUGGACCUCGCUGGGAGCGGCUCUUGCUGCCUUGUGUGGGGCCAGAGAUAUGGCGAAUGGAUGUCGAUGAUGCUCGCGCAGCUGCCUUGUUCGUCCAGCAGUGGGCGGGUACCUUUGUCGGCGUUGGCGCUGGUGCAGUAGCGCGCUUUGGCAUGAAGACGCCGGUGGAGCUCCAGGAGACGUCUUGCGGCUGUUUGCUCAAGUUCCGUCCCGUCGGCACACCACCGGCCAAGAAGUUUGAGGAGCUUGAAGAAGGCGGUGUCGAAUUCCUGGCCGAGGCCCCGGAGGGAGAGCAGCCUCGUCUUCGUGUUCGGCGCGCGGCGUACAGCGCCAAGGCAGUGGUCAAGGCCAACUCUGAGAGAGCUUUGCUGGAGCAGUUUCAGCGAGAUUGGGCUGAAGCCCGACAAGCUACCAGGCUCCCCUGGGCCGUCUUCUAG